CCGUCCAAGGCCAAGAAGACGAACGCCGGCAUCCGGCGCCCGGAGAAGCCGCCCUACUCGUACAUCGCGCUCAUCGUCAUGGCCAUCCAGAGCUCGCCCACCAAGCGCCUGACGCUCAGCGAGAUCUACCAGUUCCUGCAGAGCCGCUUCCCCUUCUUCCGCGGCUCCUACCAGGGCUGGAAGAACUCGGUGCGCCACAACCUCUCGCUCAACGAGUGCUUCAUCAAGCUGCCCAAGGGCCUGGGGCGGCCGGGCAAGGGCCACUACUGGACCAUCGACCCGGCCAGCGAGUUCAUGUUCGAGGAGGGCUCCUUUCGGCGGCGGCCCCGCGGCUUCCGAAGGAAAUGCCAGGCGCUCAAGCCCAUGUACAGCAUGAUGAACGGGCUGGGCUUCAACCACCUCCCGGACACCUACGGCUUCCAGAGCUCGGCUGGCGGCCUCUCGUGUCCGCCCAACAGCUUGGCGCUCGAGGGCGGCCUGGGCAUGAUGAAUGGUCACUUGCCGGGCAAUGUGGACGGCAUGGCUUUGCCCAGCCACUCGGUGCCCCACCUGCCCGCCAACGGCGCACUCCAGCAGCCCCUGUCCCCCUGCAACCCCGCGGCUAACCCCCUGUCCGGCAGCCUCUCCACACACUCCCUGGACCAGCCCUAUCUGCACCAGAACAGUCACAACGCCCCAGCUGAGCUGCAAGGCAUCCCUCGGUAUCACUCGCAGUCACCCAGCAUGUGUGACCGAAAAGAGUUUGUCUUCUCUUUCAACACCAUGGCGUCCUCCUCCAUGCACUCCGCCGGCGGCGGCUCCUACUACCACCAGCAGGUCACCUACCAAGACAUCAAGCCCUGUGUGAUGUGAGCCGGGAAGCCCGCGGGUCCCUGGCACGGCCGCCGUCGGAACAGGGACCUGGGAACCCACCCCUAGAAACUGCUUUAUUCUCGAGGUAUAACCGUCGGCAGAAGAAAAGGGUUUGACCCCUCCCCAACCGGAUUAUUUCAAAAGGAACCCCCAGGGCAAAGAAGCGGCACAGAGGUUGGCACCUCCUCUCCUGUUCCCUCAAAAUAUUUUAAAAAUGGUGGCGUUCAGGCCUAAUCUGACUGCAGCUGUUGGUAAAUAAAUCUCUCCUUUUUUUUUGAUCCGAUUGAAACAGGCUGAGAAGGUGCUGUGUUGGGGGAAAACCCUCAACAUCUAAACAAAAAUUCUGCUGAGGUCUCUCCCCCCCGCCCUUAACCCUUUAAUGGAAAAAGUGAAGGGGGAGACUUUUUAGAAGAAAGGCAAACGCAUGAGACCAUCACUAUCAAAUACUUUUAUUUGGGGGUUGAGUAUUUAUCGUUUUUAACUUUCUUUGGGAAGAAUGUCUUGGAAUGCGCACGUCCCGUGGUAGAGCCGCGUUUGCAGGGAAGGGGUGGGGGGGCGAGAGGCCAGCUCUCCCUCCCCACCUCGGAAGCCCUGCAGCCGCAGGUGGAUCUCUGUGCGCAGGAUUUGCGUUUCUGAAGCCACUGUUCGUCUUGUUUUUGUUUUUUAAAAAAGAAACCAAUGGAGCCCAGAAGCGGGCGGCUCUCCGGGCCUCGGCCACCCCCCUCCGCCUUCCUCUUCUUCCUCCUCUGCAGUCUUUCUGGUCUUGUUUCGAAUUUUCCGUGGACUUUUUUUGGAGGGUGUUUUUCUGUCUCCUGACCUCUACUGUAACCUGGUGCGAACGCGGCACGAACACGGCCCGACGCGGGACGGGGAGGCCCGGCCAGCGCGCGAAUUCAGGAUUGCGGCGAUGCAGAAAGGUUAAGGCACUUUUUAAAACUAUAGCAAGGCUCAUCCUGUUAUUUAUUCUUUCUUUCCUUAGUAAUCGAAACACCGCAUAGGCUCCUCCGUUUAUCAGUAUUAAUGGUGUAACUUUGUUGGCAAUAUUUGCCGCGUAGAAUUUUUUUUUUAGAUAUCCAUUGUAAAUUUGAAACAAAGUCCAAUGUGUGUAAAAACAAAUCCCCAUAUGUUUUAUAUAAAUAUAUAUAUAAAAUGAAGGACUACCCCCUUUUUUUCUAGUAUUUUGGCUGCUGGGGUGCAGCGUUUGUGACACGUAUUUUAAAUUUCCUUCUGCACUGUAUAAAAUGACAAUUUGAGGAUGUUUUGCCUUUUGUGUAUUUUUUUUCCUAAAAAAAGAACAAAAAUAAAAAUGUAUAACAUUUGUA